AUGGGCAUGGUCUGCGCCAAGUCUGCCCAGCCCAACGAGCCGCCGCCGGCCUUUACACCUGCGUCGCAGUGGAACGAUCGGCGGCAAGAGUCGUGCGAAGAGGUCGUUGUGCCCAUGAGCAACGAAGAGUUUGCGCUUCGGACGCAGCAGUACGACGCCAACGGAGCUGGGAUGUUUGAGAAAUUUGAAAUGCAGUCGGGCGCCCGCGUUGUGCACUCGACGUCGUCAACGCCCGAACCAUCCAUGCACGAGGACGUCGUGGAGGCUGACCGGGUCAUUGACGAUGCAACUGACAAAGCUACGACGGCCAAGGUGCUCAAAGAGCAGGCGCCCAUCGGACGACGAACCUUUGGCGCGCGCAUCGUAGCGCCGUCGGCGUCCGUGGGCAUCUUGCCGGGACUCUACGACGCCGCGACGCCGGACGCAGACGACCUCGACAUUGACCUGGCGCUACCGAUCGGUCGUGGUAAGCCCAGGAGGCCGUGA